AUGCCAAUUCCUGUUUUCGAUGAACUGUUAAGUUUACUAUCAAGACACUUAUCAAAGCAAAAUACUAAUAUGAGGAAAAGUAUCGGGCCAUGUGAAAGAUUAGCAGUAACACUACAAUAUCUCGCUUCUGGAACAAGUUAUAAACGCCUUCAGAAUAAGUACAGAAUUUCGAAAAAAACGUUGGCUAAAUUAAUAAAAGAAACAUGUGGAAUUAUAUGGAAAGUGCUAGCACCUACAGAAAUGGCAGCCCCGAACACAGAAUCAUGGAAAAGAAUCUCAGAGGAAUUUAAAGAAAACGCGAAUUUCCCACAUUGCUUGGGAGCGCUAGACGGCAAACACAUUCGAAUUCAGUGCCCCCGGAAUUCCGGCUCUCUAUACUUUAAUUAUAAAAAGUACAACUCAAUCGUUUUAUUGGCUUUGGUGGAUUCGAAUUAUUUAUUUACUGUGAUUGACGUAGGUUCGUAUGGCCGUGAAAAUGAUUCUGCCAUUUUUCAAUCUUCAAUUCUAGGCCAGAAACUAAAUGAAGAAACCCUUGAUUUGCCGGAAGAAGAAGAACUGGUAUUUGGCGGACCCAAAAUGCCAUAUGUGAUUGUAGCUGAUGAGGCCUUCGGUAUUCAUCGAAAUUUAAUGCGACCGUAUCCAGGUCGAUGUCUUCCUACGGAUAAAAAGAUUUUCAACUACAGACUGUCUCGUGCGAGACGUUACGUGGAAUGUGUCUUUGGACAAAUCACCUCAAAAUUUCGCAUAUUUCAUAAUACAAUAAAUCUUCAACCGGACAGUUCAAUUCUUGUAAUAAAAGCAGCUUGCGUUUUGCACAACUUCAUAAAGCGUCGAGCAUUAAAUGCCACUGACGGGGAAAAUGAAGACAUAUCCAAUCAACAAAAUAUGACACCCGUACUUCAAAGGACAAGCAAUUCGGGGUUGCAAAUUCGAAACUUAUUUAAAGAUUAUUUUAAGACAGUGGGCGCGGUUCCUUGGCAAAAUGACUACAUCGUUUAAUGAAAAUAAUCUUUCUUAUAAUUAUUGUUGAAACAACGGUUUUGUACCGACGAAUGUAAGUACCUAUAUUAUUUCGUUAUACCAUAGACCAGGGGUGGCCAACUUGAUUAGAGCUAAGAUCUACUUUUACUGACGAAACCCUAUGCGAUCUACCAAUCAUACUUCUUAAAUUAAUUAGGGUCGAGUUUUGGCCACUGGACGAACACUAGCAUAUUUAAACUUGUGUUUUUGCCUUGUCGCGAUCGAUUUGACGUAUAGCCGCGAUCGACCGGGUCGAUCGCGAUCGACCGGUUGGCUACCCCUGCCAUAGACAAUAAAAACUAACAAUUAUAACAACAAAAAUUACCUAAAUAAAUAAUAUUGUACGCUUACCUUUUUCUUUUUUUUCUUUAGAGGUUAGGUCAUCCCACUCUGUGAACAUAGCACUUCCCACAUCAUACCAAUACUUUGCUUUAAUUUCUCUGUUUCGAUACUCGGCCAACUGAACAUCGUAAAGGGCAGGUCUCUCUCUCACUUCAAGUAUAAACUUUUCAAUGUCAAACAUUGUACUAUUGUUUAAAAAGCUUCUCGAAACGUCUUUGCUUAACGACAGGCAACGCUGAAAUGAAACUGCGUUUGACAGCGCGCCCGCUGCGCGCUCGUCGCGAGAGCGCCGGGUCCGGUGCGCGAGCGCGCGGCGGGCUCGCUGCUAGUCGCGGCGGGCUAGCGACGAUGUAAUGACGUUUCGCGCGCUCGUUGUCACUCUGUGUGGAGACGGUUCCAUAGAGAGUGUAUAGAAAUACGUGGCACGACGAUAAUAUCGCCGCGAUUCUCUCGCUCGUGGAGACAGCGCCAGUGUUUAUGCUUUCUUAGAACAACUUUGACGAAAUUGUAUUUUGGCCAGCCAGAUCGGCCAAAUACCCCUAUGUGCGCCGUGGCCAUGCGAGCCGCUGUUGCCGCAACAGCGGCAGCAACGCUUGCGUACUCAGCGUCCAGCGUGCCGGGAGCCGCUGCUGCUGCGUGGCUGUCUGCUAUUGCAGCAGCCGCCUUCGCUAUAAGCGACGACAUUAAAGCGACGUGCGGGACCGUUGCACUAGCGGCCUUGAUGGCUGAGCCUACCGCUAUAGCCGCCGCGGCGUCUGCCGCAACAGCGGCAGCAACGCUUGCGUACUCAGCGUCCAGCGUGCCGAGAGCCGCUGCUGCUGCGUGGCUGUCUGCUAUUGCAGCAGCCGCCUUCGCUAUUAGCGACGACAUUAAAGCGACGUGCGGGACCGUUGCACUAGCGGCCUUGACGGCUGAGCCUACCGCUAUAGCCGCCGCGGCGUCUGCUGCGAAAACUCCAGAUUUAUCCAAAAUCUGGAGUUUUCAUAGAUACCUACACUUUGGCGAAAAAAGUUUUAUCUGGCGAUAAUGCAGGUAAAGGCGUAAUAUCGUGGUCGUCAUUGUACGUACACAUUUUUAUAAAUCAAAAAUAGGUUUUCAUUUGACCACCUGAUGGUGAUACACGCUUUAGAAGCUUAUUUUUUUUUAAGAAAUGUGAGGUACUGUGCUAUAUCGACCAAGACAUUGUGAUCGGCAUACAUGCAAAGUAUAACUGCCCGACUCUUGUCUUCCCUAACAGCUUCUUCAGACGUCAUGCUAAAAUACGAGUUUCCUCACUAGAUGGCAAGCUUAUCUUUGGAGGGUGGUAACCAUCUACGAUCAAGAUGAAUCAAUACCAUAAUUCAACCUAAACUUAGACCGUAACGUUGAGUUGAAUGCAUAAACUACAGCCAACGUCGUAUCU